AUGAUGGGAGAUGAUAUGGAAAUCGAGCCCACAGAUCAACGCGGCACUAAGCGCGCAGCAGAGGAUGUGGAGGCCCAGGAGCCUCCUAAGCCAAAGAAGAUCAAGGCCCUGGAUCCUGAUGUCGUAAACAAAAUCGCUGCUGGAGAGAUUAUCGUUGCUCCAAUGCACGCGCUGAAGGAGCUGAUAGAAAACGCCGUCGAUGCUGGUUCCACUUCAAUCGAAGUUCUGAUCAAGGAAGGAGGUCUGAAACUGCUUCAGAUUACUGAUAAUGGUCAUGGAAUCGAUCGAGAUGAUCUCCCUAUUCUUUGUGAGAGAUUCACUACGUCUAAGCUUAAAGAAUUCGAGGACUUGACCUCCAUUGGAACCUAUGGAUUCCGCGGUGAAGCUUUAGCUAGUAUCAGCCACAUUGCACAUCUCACUGUUACAACGAAGACUGCUGGAUCUAGCUGUGCCUGGCGCGCGCAUUACGGAGAUGGCAAAUUGAUACCGGCCAAGCCAGGACAGAGCUCUGCACCUAAGGCAACGGCUGGUCGAGGUGGAACCCAAAUAACCGUCGAAGAUCUCUUCUAUAAUGUCCCCACUCGACGUAGGGCUUUCCGCUCGGCAAGUGAGGAAUAUGCGAAAAUCCUCGACGUCGUUGGCCGUGCGAAUACUGUCGACCGAAUCCGCCAAAUUCAUGGCAGUGCUGUGGCGAACGAGGUUGUUGAAUUCAAAGCCGCGGAUUCAAAACUCGGAUUCCGAGCAUCGGGCUACGCCACCAACGCCAACUACCAUGUCAAGAAGACGGUGAUUUUGCUUUUCAUCAACCAUCGCGCAGUGGAGUCGACUACUGUCAAACGUGCGAUCGAGCAGACUUACUCUCCCUUUUUGCCCAAGGGGGGCCACCCGUUCGUCUAUCUUGACCUCGAGAUCGAACCCAGCCGGGUAGAUGUCAAUGUACACCCAACAAAGCGUGAAGUAAACUUCUUAAAUGAAGAUGAAAUUAUUGAGCUUGUUUGCACCGAAAUCCGAUCCAAGCUGGCUGAGGUGGACUCCAGUCGCACAUUUCUCACGCAGAGCCUUCUACCGGGUGUACAGGCCAUCGAGUCACUGCAGCGUGUUCAAGAGGGUCAAGUCAACGAGGACACAGGAGAAGCAGCAAAAUUGGGAGCAAUACCCAAAACACCCGCAACAGCAAAGAAACCCUAUGAAAACAACCUUGUCCGGACAGACUCCAAAGUCCGCAAAAUUACAGCAAUGUUGACCCCAGCGGCAGCCUCACCGCGAGAUCCAUCCAACCCCGACGCCUCCAUAGAAACCGACAAGACGACAUCAUCAAUCCUAGACGACGGACUCCAAUACGAGACCACAGAUCGGCAACCACUAAAAAUCGCCCUCUCAUCAGUCAAAAGCCUCCGCGCAGCCGUCCGAUCUGAAAUGCACAACACACUAACAGAGAUGUUCGCCGCACAUACGUACGUCGGACUCGUCGACGAGCGGCGCCGCCUAGCCGCAAUCCAAUCCGGCGUCAAGUUAUACCUAAUCGACUACGGACUAGCAUGCAACGAAUUCUUUUACCAAGUGGGCCUAACGGACUUCGGCAACUUCGGCGUAAUCCGACUAGACCCAGCGCCGAAGUUGGUAGAUCUACUAAAAAUUGCAGCAGACUCAGAACGACAAGAGCACGCAGACUCCAACGGCGAAGAAGCCGAUAAUAUCUUCAAUAAUGCGCCGGAGAUGAUAGCACAAACUCUCAUCGAGCGUCGCGAGAUGCUAAACGAGUAUUUUUCGUUGCAGAUCAAUGCAGACGGAGAGUUACUCUCCAUCCCACUGUUGCUGAAGGGAUAUCUGCCUGCACUGGCGAAAUUGCCUCGUUUCCUGUUGAGGCUUGGACCGUACGUGGACUGGAGUAGCGAGGAGGGCUGCUUCCGCACGUUUUUGCGUGAGCUUGCUGCUUUCUACACACCUGAGCAGCUUCCUGUGCUUUCGCAGUCUGCUGCCCAGCCCACGCCGGCGGGGUUGGCUGCACAAGCUCCCGCGGUAGCCGAUGGCUUGGAGAAUGAGGAAGAUUUAUUUGUUAGGGCGCGUCGGGCACAGAUGAUCCGCAUGUUGGAGUAUGUUGUCUUCCCUGCCCUGCGCGCGCGGUUGGUUGCCACGUCACGGCUGCUGCGGGGUGUGGUUGAGGUGGCAGAUCUGAAGGGAUUGUAUCGGGUAUUUGAGCGUUGUUGA